AUGUCGUCGAGUCUCGCCGAAGAUGAAGGCCGUGAUGGCUCAGAUACAGCGGUCGAGAAGCAGGUCGUUCCCAAGCGCGACAGACCUGUCGGCUUCCUCGACCUACCUCUUGAGGUCCGAACGAUGGUGUACGAGAAACACCUCGCUGAAGCGUACCCUAGAGCGUCCCUUCAGCUUGAUGUUGCACGCGGCCUAGAGAUCCAGCAGGGAAGGAGCUUUGUGGCAAGAUUCAGCACAAAGUCUGGCACCAGGGAAAGACAGAGGGGUAGGCCGUCCCUUCUGCUGGUCUCCGGGCUCAUUCGAAGCGAAGCGCUUCCUAUCUACACCAGCAAACUCACCGUCACCGUCUUCGGCGACUUGGGAAGGCAGGAUGAGAUCCGGGACGCCCUGGCGCAAUACCUGCAAAACUCUCGAAGCUUGUUCGUCUACCUGUCCAACGAUGAUACCAGCCUCGCCAGUCUCAAUCUCCCGUCGAUGCCGGCUCUGAGAGUGUUGCACUUCUCACACGACAUAACGACUUCGUUCAUUGACCGAGAGUACCAAGCGGCUUUCGAAAAGAAUCGGCAACGUCUCAAGAAGCUCGCAACGGAUGCGCUCAAAGCUUCUGCUCUUCCGCCAGGCGUCCGAGUGUACACGGCGGUUUCGGGCAGGGGUGCUUACGUGGGUCGAGUGGGACUCAAGUAG